CCUUAAGAACGAUCAUUUGCAAUGUUCUCUUCCUGAAGUUGAAAAGGUUUCGCUUUCCGUUCGAGCUGUCAGUGACCGAGGUUAGAGCUGGACGCUGCAACAGACGCAGGAAAUAAGUAAUUUUGUCUUCGCUAAGCUUUAUGUUUUUUUCGGUUGAACUAACGAAGUAAACUUUACCAGUCAGUCGACUUGAGGAAGUGUGUGUUGGAUUGUCGGAUGCGAACAGAACCGCAGCAACGCGACCUCAGAAGGUGUAAUUAUGGCUUCUAAACUUACACCGACACACAAUUUGAAAGAGGCCGAGGAGUUGGCCCUGUCUCUGAGUGAAGCCCUCAGCAGCGGGAAUGGAGAGGAAGCAAUCAAACUGUGCCAGAAGCUGUCCCAACUCUGUGUUCCUGUGUCUGUCUCCAUCAGCAGUCAGGCAUACCCUCAGGACUCCAUAAGAUUGUGGGUUGGAGUUGAGGAUGGUCAGUCAGAUUCCUACAUUCCAGUGACUGUUGUGGUUACCCCUGACAUGACAAUUGCACAACUUAAAGACAAGAUCAGUCAUGACUUUGGGUUUCACCCCUCGCUGCAACGCUGGGUGAUCGGGAAGCGGUUGGCUCAGGACCAGGAUACGUUGUUCAGCCACGGUGUCCGUCAAAACGGAGACAAAGCUUUCCUGUUUAUCCUCUCGGCCCAUGCUGCCCACCUCACACGACAGCAACACAGGCUGGACCAUGAGCAACAACUCUUAGAGGGCAUUGUGGGGUCAAUUGAAUCGAUGCAACUUUUGCCCAGAGGGCUGGAUGUUAGUGGCAAUGAGAAGACAGUGCCUCCUCCAGAGACUCAACACACUCCUACCCCUGCUCCUCCUUUACCUCCUAAAUGCCCAAAUGCUACCAAACCUCCUGUGCCUAAGAAACCUCAGAUUGGCUGGGCCUGUGCUAUGUGCACGUUCGUGAACAAACCGACGCGUCCUGGCUGUGAGAUAUGCGCAGGCGAAAGGCCAGAGGAUUACCGGGUGCCUGACAUCUACAAGCCAGACCAGCAGGAGGCUCAUCGAAUUGAGCAGGAACAGCUGGCCACAUUGCAGUACAAACAGGCUCAGCAGGAGGAACGAGAGAGGAACUACCUGCACUUGUUGGCAACAGAGGAGCAGAACCUCAUCUCUAACAUUACAGAGAUAGACUGUCCCAUCUGCUUCUCUGCCCUGCAGCCAGGAGAGGGCAUCGUGCUCAGAGAGUGUCUACACACCUUCUGCAGGGAGUGUCUAAAGGGGACAAUAGUGAACAGUCAAGAUGCUGAGGUGUCCUGUCCAGACUCAUGUGAGAGCAAGCUACUGGACCGAGAGAUCAAAGCGCUGCUCACAGAAGAGGAGCACCAGCGGUUUCUGGAGUUGCGUCUUAGCAUCGCAGAAAGCCGUUCAGAGCACAGCUUUCACUGUCAGACUCCCAACUGCCGAGGGUGGUGCAUCUAUGAGGAUGAAGUCAAUGAGUUCCACUGUGAACUCUGUGAUGAAAUCAACUGCAUUCUCUGCAGGGCCAUCCAUAGUGGAAUGAAUUGUAAGGACUACCAGGAUGACCUGCGCAUCCGAGCAGAGAACGACCAGGCAGCUCAGCAAACAAAACAGAUGCUAGAGAGCUUGCUGCAGAAUGGGGAGGCCAUGAAAUGUCCACGUUGUGACAUCAUCGUCCAGAAGAAAGAUGGCUGUGAUUGGAUCUGCUGUUUGAUGUGCAAGACAGAAAUCUGCUGGGUCACCAAACAAGCUCGCUGGGGCCCAAACGGCAAGGGCGACACAUCUGGGGGAUGUAGAUGCCGAGUCAAUCAUCAACCUUGCCACCCCAACUGCCAGAAUUGCCACUGAGGCAACACACUUUUGAAAACAUACAUGCACUAUCUAAAGAAACACACACCUCAGCUGAUACUUAGGCGGUGGGUCUAAUGCUGGCUACAUUCUUGUGUUUAUUUAUUUACUUACUUUUUGCUUAAGUUAAGGGCAUAAUAUUGAGAAUAGUUUGGUUGCUGUUGGUAAACACACAAUUCAAAGUUGGCUGCUCCUCCAUGACUCAAUUGUCUUGUUGUGCAAACUAAACAGCGAAUGAAAAGAAAGAGCAGCAGCUAGCAGAAACAAAGCAAUGAAUCAGAGAAAUUAAGUUAUUUUCUAAUGUUUUCACUGUAGCAACUUUGUAAAGCACUAAUAAACACGUCUUCACAUCUGCCUAAACAUCCGGGGAUUUGUAUGAAUGCAGCAAGAGUGCAGGUUUUAUCCUGUCCCUGGGUGCCUCUGCUCAGCCUGCCUGCCUAUGUGUAGCUCAUACAUACUCGUAGACCUGGAUCUCUUUAUGACAGACAGAGAGGAGACAGCAGACUUGGUUCCUAUGUUUUUAUAGAGUGCCAGCCUUGCGCUGUUAUUGGCUGGGACUACGCAGCUUUGUAUGAAGGCUGUAGCCAGAAAAGUCCUGAGAAACUAAAGAAAUACAGACAGAGGGCAGAUCUCUGCAGAUACAGAUACUUCUGUCCUCGAGGCCCAGAAGUGAUGAUUGAGAAUAAAUACUUUUGUUUGAGUUCUUUUCGGAUAUUGUUGCAUAUUAUGCCUUUAACUUGAAGCUACUUUGAUUUAUUUUACUUACUUUUAGCCUUGUUCUCAAUGUGCCUGUCACUGAGGCCGGCCUUUCUUAACAGAUAACAGAUACAUGUACACGUAAAUGCAAUACACAUGCUAUACAAACUGUACAGCUCUAUGGCUUCAAUUCACACGUCAUGCUUUGAUACUGUUUUUAAUUUGGCAAGACAAAAAUGUAAGAAAAGGCUAAUACUCAAAUACAGUAAAUAUUAAUGCCACUUAACAGCUUUUUCCUUUUUUGUUUUUUGUUUUUUUCUAUGGCUAGACUAUGGCUAGAACUAAUUAACUACAAUUGACAAUAAUGUUUCAUCAUAAAUGACUUUGUAACCAGUGUAUGUUUGUCAGUUUUGCUUCAUAGCAUUAUAACAGCAGAUAUAAUAGCAAGAUUUGACUGUGGUGAAGGAUGUUGUUUACAUUAAAUGAAUGUGUUCAUUAUGAAAAACAUGCUGCUCUGAGUCACAUAACAUUGAAGCAUCAAGUUCAAGUUUAAGCAUUCCGCAGUAGACUAAUAACGAUGCUGCAUUUCUCUCAGGUAUUCGGGUGUUUAUCUGUCCUUCUUAAGCAUUUGUUUCACCAAAGUUACAGAUUUACAUAUGCAAUUUAUGUUUUGUAUCUAUGAAUUUUGAUAGAUUUCACAGGCAUGUGAAUUGAAGUGACAUACCAAUAAACUGGAAGCAAACACAA